AACGCCACAACGGGCCUAAUAUGGCCGCUGGUGCUGGGACCGGCCGGCGCGCGGAGAGCCAGGCCGAGGUCCAGCGCAAGGACUGCUCCCGGCAUUCCUCGCGAGUGUGGCGUGGGCUCCCUUCCCCCAUCUCCGGGCCCCGCGAGAGGGAGACCUUCGGGCUUUGAGGUAGCAUGGCCCAUGGCUUGAUUGAAGUGGAGCGAAAGUUCGUUCCAGGGCCUGGCACAGAGGAGCGGCUGCAGGAGUUGGGGGGCACCCUGGAGCACCGGGUCACCUUCCGAGACACCUACUAUGACACCCGUGGGCUGAGCCUUAUGCAGGCUGACCACUGGCUGCGACAACGAGAGGACAGAGGAUGGGAGCUCAAAUGUCCUGGAGCAGCAGGUGUCUCAGGGCUCCACACCGAGUACAUGGAAGUCACAGCUGAACCAGCAAUUGUGGCCCAGCUCUGUGAGGUGCUAGGGGCUGAGGGCCUGGGGACUGGAGUUGUGGCUGAUGUGCUGGGCCCACUGGGGCUGGAGGAAGUAGCUAGUUUUGUGACUAAGCGGAGUGCCUGGAAGCUAGUACUCCCAGGAGCUGAUGAAGAGUCGUCGCUGCUCAGGGUGGACCUGGAUAUGGCUGACUUUGGCUAUGCUGUGGGUGAGGUAGAGGCCCUGGUGCGUGAGGAGGCUGAAGUACCAACUGCCCUAGAGAAGAUCCACAAGCUUAGCAGUAUGCUUGGUGUGCCAGCACAGGAGACAGCACCUGCUAAGCUGAUUGUGUACCUACAGCGCUUCCGGCCUCAGGACUAUCAGCACCUGCUAGAAGUGAACAGCUCCAGAGAGAGGUCACAGGGGACUAAACAUCUUGACAGCAGCCUGGGCUAGAGAUGUCACUUCCUAGAAGGGGAAGGGGCCUCUGGGUCUAAAGGUGUCCACUCCUGGGCUCACUGUGCCUCUUCCCUUGGCUUCCCUUCUGAAGCGACUCCUCUCUCCCCAGAUCUGCCUGUUUCUUCACCCAACUCUCAGCUACCCUUCCUUGAGCCCUCCCUGGCUGCCUCUUCUCCCUCAUCCGUCAGAUGCAAUCUGUGGGCCGCCCCUCUCCCCUGGCCGCUAAGCAGCCUCCAUUGAUUUCCGCUCGUGUUUAUAGGAUUUCCACUUAGCCGUGAUCAGUAGUUAAGCACAGGAAAAUCCCUUGCUACCCCCGCUCCCUUGGUCGAUGCCAUUGAUUCUGCCAGCAGCUCCUAAACUGCCUUACAGCUGAGUUAGAGAUGAGGGGAGGCAGCAGGGAUUUCCCUGCCUUGGGGUUGUAGGGAAUAACAGCAGGUUGGGGAAAUGGUUGGGAAUCCCUAUUAGCAAUCUAGAAAUUCUGGUUUAUUUGGCUUCUGUGUGCAGCUCUGGCCCAGAGGGUAGAGUGCCUCCUGUGGAAGGGGCAAAUUAGCUCCCCAACCUGGAGAGGGGUGGAAAGUUAACCCUUCUUGUUGAGACAUGUUCCCAAGUCUCAGGAGAAGAUUCAUGUUUCAUGUAACAGAGCUCUUCCCUUGCUGUUAUUCAUACAUGAUUUCUACCUCAAAUAUACCCAAAUAUGGCUUUCCUCCCUG